ACAAAUCACUCCAUCACCGAAGCAUAUCUGUCUAUGUCCUCUCGUCGUUCUUUGCAUUCUCUCUCUCUCUCUCUGUAAAUCUGCCAGAUCUUGCAAACGGCAUAUAUCGCACAAACAUACAUCGCUUUCGCUUUCGUUUCUUUUGCUCUGCUGAUAACAUCUUAUUCUCUCAAGCAUUUCGUCAACCAUUCAAUUCCCUUGAGAUCUACGCUCUCUCUCUCUCUCUCUCUCUCUAUAUAUAUAUAUAUAUAUAUAGCUCUGUUUCGGUUUGUGUCUGUGUAGAAGAUGAGAAAAAGGGAGUGAUGAGUUGGUGUUUGAUGGGUAUAUAUAUGAUGGAUUGGGAAAUAAGGGUUUUGUUGUGAUUUUUGUCUGUUGAAUAAGAAGAAGGAAAGGAAAUUGUUUUCUUGGACCUGUUAAUGGCGACUUCUGAGGAUUCUGAUACGCGCGGAGGUAUGUCCUCUGACAACGUAAAGGGUUUGGUUUUGGCCUUGUCUUCGAGUUUCUUCAUUGGUGCUAGUUUUAUUGUCAAGAAGAAGGGUUUGAAGAAAGCUGGUGCUUCGGGAACUAGAGCCGGUGUUGGAGGCUAUUCAUAUUUGUAUGAGCCACUUUGGUGGGCUGGCAUGAUAACAAUGAUCGUUGGGGAAAUUGCUAAUUUUGCUGCUUAUGCAUUUGCACCAGCUAUUCUAGUCACUCCCCUUGGUGCACUCAGUAUCAUCAUCAGUGCUGCACUAGCGCAUAUUAUUUUAGGGGAGAGACUACACAUUUUUGGGAUUCUUGGUUGUGUUUUGUGCGUUGUUGGUUCAAUAACCAUAGUGCUACAUGCUCCUCAAGAACGUGAAAUCGAGUCUGUGAAGGAAGUUUGGGAUCUUGCCACUGAACCAGGCUUCCUUGUAUAUGCAGCUUUGGUCAUAGCAUCAGCUUUUAUAAUCAUAAUCUAUUUUAUUCCACAGUAUGGGCAGACAUAUAUAAUUGCCUACAUUGGGGUUUGUUCACUUGUAGGCUCACUCACGGUUAUGAGUGUGAGAGCCCUUGGGAUAGCUCUGAAGUUGACAUUCUCUGGAAUUAAUCAGCUAUUAUAUCCUCAGACGUGGGUCUUCGCCAUUGUCGUGAUUUCUUGUGUACUUACUCAAUUGAACUAUUUAAACAAGGCUCUUGAUACUUUCAACACAGCUGUCGUAUCACCUAUCUACUAUGUGAUGUUUACAACUCUAACUAUUGUGGCAAGUGUUAUAAUGUUUAAGGACUGGGCUCAUCAAAAUCCAACACAAAUUACUACCGAGUUGUGUGGGUUUGUGACAAUUCUUUCUGGAACCUUUCUUCUUCACAAAACGAAAGACAUGAACGACUCUUCUGGACCAUCCAUAUCUUUGCGCCUUCAUAAGCAUUCAGAAGAGGAUGGAGUUGAACCUGAAGGCAUCCCUCUUCGGCGCCAAGACUCAUCACGAUCACCAUGAGAAUCUUUUCUUUGAUUCCUCAACGAUUUUCCAUUACCCACAAACUUGCAUACUCAUUGGGGGAAAGGACAUUACAGCAGUCAACCUGUAUGUUGUUGAACGAUUGGGUCAGUGUCAGCCAUAUUCUCUAUCAGUUACAAUUAAAUGGGAUGGCGGGAAUUAUUUUUUCUCAGAUUGAAUUGAAAUGAAUAAAAUGAUUGUUUUCAGCUCCACCUUCCCUUUCCUCCUCUCCAUACAGAGCAUCCUCUGUAAUUGUAAUUUUGAGCACAUUGUUUUAUAUUGUAGUGUAUCCUAGCUUUGAAAUUUUCCCCAAGGUACAGGAGAUACGAGCCCUUCGCAUUCGUGAAGUUGAGAACAAGCUAAAAUUGUGAGGGAAAUAUGAUAACCAUUGCUUACUAUACAUUUUUUCUUCUUUUUUUUGGAGAAUCCUUACGAACAAUUGCAUAUUCUUUUGUGAGGUUUUUGUUUGCUUUUUUUAUUUAUUUAUUAUUUAGCUUCAUCCAGCUAUUAUUGUUGGUUCUGCGUUCUGAUUAAAUGCAACCAUUUAAUGGAGCUAA